AGGGCGCGUGCUGCUCUGUAGAACUUCAGAGCAGAGAGAGAAGAAGCGAUACACACUACACUACCACGAGGUGGAGAGGCGAAGAAGCCGAGCGAUCGGAGAGGGGAGAAAGCGGCCGGCGAGCCGCAGUUCGCCGGCGAUCUCCAUCCAUCCGAGGUGAAGAGGAAACGACAGUUCAAAUCUUCCACAGAAUCGUGAGAUUUAAAAUAGCAGUUCUACUCUACUAGUAGCGGAGGCAUUCGUUCCCGCGCGGGCAAUGUCGGCGGCGCAGGGCCUUGCGCUGAAGCUGCGCGCCGCGCCGGCGGCGGGUGGCGUCCGCGGGGAGAAGCGGCGCCGCGCGGCAUCGGCGACCGCGGCGGCGGCGGCGCGGCCUCGCCACGGCGCCAUGUCGCUGGAGGGCGGGUUCCUCGGCGGCGCGCUCCCCGCCGAGGACCGGGUGGCGCCGCGGGCAUCGGCGUCGCGCCAGGCAGAGGCGGGGGCUGGGGCGGGGGCGGCGCGUCCUCCUCCCAGGUCGAUGUCGAAGAUCCCCGAGAGCAGCAUUGGGCUGUACGACCCCUCCAUGGAGCGCGACUCCUGCGGCGUCGGCUUCAUCGCCGAGCUCUCCGGCGAGUACAGCCGCAAAACGGUCGACGACGCCAUAGAGAUGCUCGAUAGAAUGGCUCACCGUGGCGCCUGCGGCUGCGAGAAGAACACCGGAGAUGGCGCAGGCAUCCUCGUCGCUCUGCCGCACAACUUCUUCAGAGAGGUCACGAAGGACGCAGGUUUUGAGCUUCCGCCGCCUGGUGAGUACGCCGUCGGGAUGUUUUUCAUGCCCACAGAUGACAAACGCCGUGAAAAGAGCAAGCUUUUGUUUCGUGAGAAAGCAGAGUUGCUGGGGCAUACCGUCCUCGGCUGGCGCCGGGUUCCCACAGACAACUCGGGCUUGGGUCAAUCAGCGGUAGAUACAGAACCAGUGAUUGAGCAAGUGUUUGUCACCAAAAGUGCAAGUUCAAAGGCUGAUUUUGAGCGGCAGAUGUACGUCCUACGGAGGUUCUCAGUUAUGUCCAUACGAGAAGUUCUAGGCGUCAAGAAUGGCGGAACAAAAGAUUUCUACAUGUGCUCUCUAUCUUCAAGGACCAUUGUUUAUAAGGGUCAGCUUAAGCCAAGCCAACUCAAGGGGUACUUCUUUGCAGACUUAGGCGAUGAAAGCUUCACAAGUUACAUGGCACUGAUCCACUCAAGAUUUUCCACGAACACCUUCCCUAGUUGGGAUCGAGCGCAACCAAUGCGUGUUUUGGGGCAUAAUGGCGAGAUCAAUACCCUUAGAGGGAACAAGAACUGGAUGAAGGCACGUGAGGGUCUCUUGAAGUGCGAGGGACUAGGUCUAACAAGGGAUGAAAUGUUGAAACUUCUGCCGAUAGUGGAUGCUACAUCUUCGGAUUCAGGUGCAAUCGACAAUGUUCUUGAGCUUCUCAUACAAUCUGGAAGAAGUGCGCCAGAGGCUGUCAUGAUGAUGAUCCCUGAGGCGUGGCAAAACGAUGUUAACAUGGACCCUGAGAGAAAAGCUUUGUAUGAGUUCUUUUCAGCACUUAUGGAGCCUUGGGAUGGACCAGCUCUAAUCUCAUUUACUGAUGGCCGCUACCUUGGUGCAACCCUUGAUCGUAAUGGUUUGAGGCCAGGCCGGUUUUAUGUGACCUACAGUGGCCGUGUAAUUAUGGCUAGUGAAGUUGGUGUGGUCGAUGUUCCUCCUCAAGAUGUUUCAAGAAAGGGUAGGCUAAACCCUGGAAUGAUGCUUUUAGUUGAUUUUGAGAACCAUUGUGUUGUGAAUGAUGAUGAAUUGAAGAAAGAGUACUCCAAAGUUCGUCCAUAUGGAGAGUGGCUGAAAAGACAAAGGAUACAACUCACAGAUAUCAUAGAAUCUGUAAAUGAAGCAGAGAGAAUUGCACCGAGCAUUUCGGGUGCACUUCCAAUUACAAAGGAGAACAAAGCAGAUAUGGGUAUCUGCGGAAUUCUGACUCCGCUGAAGGCUUUUGGGUAUACAAGAGAAGCCCUUGAAAUGCUGAUGCUACCGAUGGCCAAAGAUGGACAAGAAGCUCUUGGAUCAAUGGGAAAUGAUACUCCUCUAGCUGUGAUGUCAAACAGAGAGAAGCUGACUUUUGAAUACUUCAAGCAGAUGUUUGCACAAGUUACAAACCCACCGAUUGACCCGAUCCGGGAGAAAAUUGUCACAUCUAUGGAGUGCAUGAUUGGUCCUGAAGGUGACUUGUCUGAAACAACAGAGCGGCAGUGCCAUCGCCUCACGCUUAAGAGUCCUUUACUGAAUACAAAUGAAAUGGAGGCUAUUAAAAAGAUGAACUACCGGGGUUGGCGCAGCAAGGUGCUUGACAUAACUUAUCCUAAAAAGAAUGGCAGGAUGGGCUUAAAACAGACUUUAGAUAAAAUUUGUGCUCAAGCACGUGAAGCUAUUCAUGAGGGCUACACUAUUCUAGUUCUCUCUGAUAGAGGUUUUUCUUCAGAGCGUGUAGCUGUCAGUUCCCUAUUGGCAGUUGGAGCUGUCCAUCAGCACCUUGUCUCACAUCUUGAGAGGACACGCAUAGGAUUGUUAGUUGAAUCUGCUGAACCUCGCGAAGUGCACCAUUUUUCCACCCUUAUUGGAUUUGGUGCUGAUGCUAUAUGCCCUUAUUUAGCUAUAGAAGCAAUAUGGCGGUUGCAAAUUGAUGGGAGGAUUCCUCCUAAUGAUGGGAAACCUUAUACACAAGAACAACUUAUCGAGAAAUAUUUUUAUGCUUCAAACUAUGGAAUGAUGAAAGUUCUUGCGAAGAUGGGAAUAUCCACUCUGGCAUCUUACAAAGGUGCUCAGAUUUUUGAGGCCCUUGGUCUUGCUUCGGAAGUGGUCAGCAAGUGUUUUGAAGGUACUCCUAGUAGAGUUGAAGGUGCAACCUUUGAAAUGCUUGCACAAGAUGCUCUUCGUCUCCAUGAGAUUGCAUUCCCAUCAAGAACUUUACCUCCUGGAAGUGCAGAUGCAAAUGCUCUUCCCAACCCUGGGGAUUACCAUUGGAGGAAAAAUGGAGAAGUACACCUUAAUGAUCCUUUUUCCAUUGCAAAAUUACAAGAAGCAGCACGGAUUAACAGCAGGGAAGCAUACAAAGAAUAUUCUAGGCGCAUUUACGAGCUGAAUAAGGCAUGUACUCUGCGUGGCAUGCUGAAAUUUAGAGAAAUUCCAAACCAAAUUUCCUUGGACGAGGUAGAACCUGCAAAGGAGAUAGUGAAGCGGUUCUGUACUGGAGCAAUGAGUUAUGGAUCCAUUUCCUUGGAAGCUCAUACUUCCCUGGCUGAGGCUAUGAACACCCUUGGAGGAAAAUCUAACACAGGUGAGGGAGGGGAACAACCUUGCCGUAUGGUGCCUCUUCCUGAUGGAUCAAAGAAUCCAAGAAUAAGUGCAAUCAAGCAAGUUGCCAGCGGAAGAUUUGGAGUUUCCAUCUAUUAUUUGACUAAUGCAGUUGAGGUGCAGAUAAAAAUGGCUCAGGGUGCUAAACCUGGUGAAGGUGGUGAGCUACCAGGCCACAAGGUCAUUGGUGAUAUUGCAGUCACUAGAAAUUCUACAGCUGGUGUAGGGCUCAUUAGCCCACCUCCUCACCACGAUAUAUAUUCUAUUGAGGAUCUCGCACAACUUAUCCAUGACCUUAAGAAUGCAAACCCAGGUGCCAGAAUCAGCGUCAAACUAGUCUCUGAAGCUGGUGUAGGAAUUGUCGCUAGUGGUGUGGUGAAAGGACAUGCAGACCAUGUUCUGAUCUCUGGACAUGAUGGAGGCACUGGAGCCUCCAGAUGGACAGGGAUUAAAAAUGCUGGACUUCCUUGGGAGCUUGGAUUAGCUGAAACACACCAGACUCUUGUGGCCAAUGGUCUCCGUGGCCGAGCUGUUCUUCAGACAGAUGGACAGAUGAAAACUGGUAGAGAUGUUGCUGUUGCUUGUUUACUUGGAGCAGAAGAAUUUGGAUUCAGCACAGCGCCAUUAAUCACACUUGGCUGCAUUAUGAUGAGGAAGUGCCAUACCAACACUUGCCCUGCUGGUAUUGCUACACAAGAUCCAGUGCUCCGCGCAAAGUUUGCUGGGAAGCCAGAACAUGUCAUAAACUACUUCUUCAUGCUUGCUGAAGAGGUACGAGAAAUCAUGGCACAGCUUGGCUUCCGCACUGUUAAUGAAAUGGUUGGGCGAUCGGACAUGCUUGAGAUCGAUCCCAAAGUACUGGAGGGCAACGAGAAACUUGAAAACAUUGAUCUCUCACGGCUGCUGAAACCAGCUGCUGAAAUUAGCCCUGGGGCUGUUCAAUAUUGUGUUGAGAAGCAAGAUCAUGGCCUCGACAUGGCAUUAGAUAACAAACUCAUAGCCUCCUCAACAGCUGCCCUUCGAAAAGGUGUUCGUGUUUUCAUUGAGACACCAGUACGGAACAUUAACCGAGCUGUUGGUACUAUGCUCAGCCAUGAAGUCACAAAACGGUAUCACAUUCAUGGAUUGCCAUCAGAUACCAUCCAUAUUAAGCUGAAUGGAAGUGCUGGCCAAAGUUUUGGUGCUUUUCUCUGUCCUGGGAUCACUCUUGAGCUUGAGGGAGACAGCAACGAUUAUGUUGGUAAGGGACUAUCUGGUGGAAAGAUUGUUGUGUAUCCACCAAGAAAUAGUCGAUUUAAUCCACAAGACAAUAUUGUGAUUGGUAAUGUGGCUUUAUAUGGUGCUACAAAGGGAGAGGCAUAUUUCAAUGGUAUGGCGGCAGAAAGGUUUUGUGUCCGCAAUUCAGGAGCUCAAGCAGUAGUUGAAGGGAUUGGCGAUCAUGGAUGUGAGUACAUGACAGGAGGUACAGCUGUUAUUCUUGGAAAAACUGGUAGGAACUUUGCAGCUGGCAUGAGUGGAGGUAUUGCUUAUGUUUAUGAUGUGGAUGGGAAGUUCAGUAGCCGUUGCAACUAUGAGCUAGUUGACUUGUAUGCUGUAGUUGAAGAGGAUGACAUCACAACAUUGAGAAUGAUGAUACAACAGCACAGACUUCAUACACAAAGUGAUUUGGCCAGAGAUAUACUCUUGAAUUUUGAUACUCUCCUCCCAAAAUUUAUAAAAGUAUAUCCAAGGGAUUACAAGCGGGUUUUGGAUAAACUAAAAGAAGAGAAGGCUGCUAAAGAAGCAGAGCAAAAGGCAAGAGAAGUGGUGGAUAAGAAGCCAGUUGAAGUAAUUCAAGCUCCAAAUGGCAUUUCAGUAAAGACAGAGAAAGUAAUGAACGAAGAGCCAUCAAGCCGACCAUCACGAGUUUCAAAUGCUGUAAAGUACCGAGGUUUCAUAAAAUAUGAGCGAGAGGGUACUUCUUACAGAGAUCCAAAUGAGCGUGUAAAAGAUUGGAAUGAAGUUGCAAUUGAAUUGGUUCCUGGGCCACUGCUAAAGACGCAAUCUGCUCGGUGCAUGGAUUGUGGCACUCCUUUCUGUCAUCAGGAGGGUUCUGGUGCUGGUUGUCCUCUUGGAAAUAAGAUUCCUGAAUUCAAUGAAUUGGUUCAUCAGAAUAGAUGGCAUGAAGCCUUGGAUCGGCUACUUGAGACAAACAAUUUCCCUGAGUUUACUGGACGAGUUUGUCCUGCUCCUUGUGAGGGUUCGUGCGUACUUGGCAUUAUAGACAAUCCAGUAUCCAUAAAAAGCAUAGAGUGCGCCAUCAUAGACAAAGGAUUUGAAGAGGGAUGGAUGGUACCACGGCCUCCACUUCGGAGAACAGGAAAGAGAGUUGCUAUUGUUGGCAGUGGCCCAGCUGGUCUAGCUGCUGCAGACCAACUGAACAAAAUGGGCCAUUUCGUGACUGUCUUUGAACGUGCUGACCGUAUUGGAGGACUGAUGAUGUAUGGGGUUCCAAAUAUGAAGGCUGACAAAGAGGGCAUUGUUCAGCGACGUGUCGAGUUGAUGGCUAAGGAGGGGGUUCAAUUCAUUGUGAAUGCCCAUGUUGGAAGUGACCCUUUAUACUCCGUUGAAAAGCUCCGCUCUGAGAAUGAUGCCAUUAUUUUGGCCUGUGGAGCUACAAAGCCAAAAGAUCUCCCUAUUCCUGGACGGGAGUUGGCAGGCAUCCAUUUCGCUAUGGAAUUUCUUCAUGCCAAUACCAAAAGUUUACUUGACAGCAACUUGGAGGAUGGUAACUACAUAUCAGCCCAAGGGAGAAAGGUGGUUGUCAUUGGUGGUGGAGACACAGGCACAGAUUGCAUUGGGACAUCCAUUAGGCAUGGUUGCACCAACCUUGUAAAUCUUGAACUUUUGCCAGAGCCACCAAGAAAGAGGGCACCUGACAACCCCUGGCCCCAGUGGCCCAGGAUCUUCCGUGUUGAUUAUGGGCACCAGGAAGCAACUAGCAAGUUUGGAAAAGAUCCAAGAAGUUACAAAGUCCUGACGAAGCGAUUUAUCGGAGAUGAGAAUGGAAAUGUGAAGGCCCUUGAGGUAAUACGUGUUGAAUGGGGAAAGGUGAACGGAAGGUUCCAAUUCAAGGAAGUUGAAGGAUCAGAAGAAAUUAUUGAGGCCGAUCUUGUCCUCUUAGCUAUGGGAUUCCUGGGUCCCGAAGCGACUGUUGCUAACAAGCUGGGUCUAGAACAAGACAUGAGGUCAAACUUCAAAGCUCAAUUUGGAAACUUUGCGACCAAUGUGGAAGGUGUAUUUGCUGCUGGAGACUGCAGACGUGGGCAAUCACUGGUUGUUUGGGCCAUCACAGAGGGGCGCCAAGCUGCAGCAGCCGUAGACAAUUACCUGUCGAAGGAUGAUGAAGGUGAAACCAAUGGCACAGAGGACAUUGCUGUCUCAAGUGAAGGUCUGGUCCAACCCGUAGUUGCAUAGGCCGAGAGAACAUUUCUGCAAUUUUGAUACAGCAUUGAUGAUGCGAAGAUAGUAGGGCCAUGCAUUUUUUAGCUAUAAAAAGGUAAAAUAAAGGGCCUGUAAAUAAUUUACAAGAAAAGGGGGCCCUUUUGUUUAUAUAAGUAUGAUAAAAGGGAAAUUUUGCGGACGCGUAUAUUUUUUCCCUGUUUCUUCUUGUGAAGAGAUGCAAAUCCUGUGAUUAUAAGAGCAAUGUCUGGUUUUUGUUAAAUAAAUGUGAGGGGAUUCUGUUAAAAACAUCUAUUUAUUAUGUGUAAGUACAUAAUGGAUCUUCGUGUUUCUCUUCCA